AUUCAAAGUUAAAAAAAAUUGGAGGGAUAACCAAGGGGGCGGCAAAAACCACCACCACCACACACACACACCGUCGUCAAUCGCCACCAUGUCCUCCAGAUCUUCUUCUUCACGUGCUUCAAUCUCUCCGUUCAGGUCUCGAAAAUCUUCCGAACCGCCGCCGGACACUUCUUCCCGCCGGUCCAAACCACAGAUUUCUCCGGCGAAUCGCAGUAACAGUCCAAUAGUUGCUUCAAAUAAAGUCAAAGAGAAUGUAACCGUUACCGUUAGACUGCGUCCUCUCAACUCGAGAGAGAUCCGUAAAGGAGACGAGGUUGCGUGGUUUGCUGAUGGCGAUUACUCGAUUCAAAACGAGUUUAAUGCGGCAUUUGCUUACGGAUUCGACAGAGUGUUUGGACCAGCAACGACAACACGGCAGGUUUAUGAUGUUGCAGCUCAUCAUGUUGUUAAUGGUGCCAUGGAGGGAAUUAAUGGCACAGUCUUUGCAUAUGGCGUGACUAGCAGUGGGAAGACUCAUACAAUGCAUGGCGAGCAGAAGUCACCUGGUAUUAUUCCUUUGGCCGUGAAGGAUGUGUUUGGGAUUAUUCAAGAGACACCUGGACGGGAGUUUCUGCUUCGUGUAUCAUAUCUGGAGAUCUAUAAUGAGGUCAUAAAUGACUUGCUUGACCCAACAGGCCAGAACUUACGAAUACGAGAAGAUAAUCAGGGAACUUAUGUUGAGGGAAUCAAGGAGGAAGUUGUUUUGUCACCUGCUCAUGCUCUUUCAUUGAUAGCAUCCGGAGAAGCACAUAGGCAUGUAGGUUCGAAUAACUUCAACUUACUCAGCAGUCGUAGCCAUACUAUAUUCACCCUGAUGAUUGAAAGCAGUCCAUGUGGGGAAAAUCAGGAAGAUGAAGUAAAGUUAUCACAGCUGCACUUAAUUGACCUGGCAGGAUCUGAAAGUUCUAAGACGGAGACAACAGGAAUGAGGAGGAAAGAAGGCUCAUACAUAAAUAAGAGCCUGCUUACACUUGGCACAGUGAUAUCUAAACUAACAGAGGGUAAGGCUGUUCACAUUCCUUAUCGAGAUUCAAAGCUUACACGGUUGUUGCAGUCAUCUCUUAGUGGUCAUGGACGAGUUUCUCUUAUAUGUACUGUGACUCCUGCUUCAAGCAAUACAGAGGAAACACACAAUACCCUCAAGUUUGCACAUCGUAGUAAGCAUGUGGAAAUAAAGGCUUCACAGAAUAAGAUUAUUGACGAGAAAUCGCUUAUCAAGAAGUAUCAAAAGGAAAUUUCCAGUUUAAAACAAGAGCUUCAGCAAUUAAAACGUGGUAUGAUGGAGAAUCAAUCCAUGAUGGCACCAAACCAAGAGGAUUUGGUUAAUAUGAAACUUCAGUUGGAAGCUGGACAAGUUAAAUUACAGUCAAGAUUAGAGGAGGAAGAGCAAGCCAAAGCGGCAUUGAUGGGAAGGAUCCAAAGAUUGACUAAACUAAUUUUGGUCUCCACGAAGAGCACAAUGGGACAAAAUAUACCUGGAAAUCCAGAUCACCGAAGGAGGCAUUCCUUUGGUGAAGAUGAACUAAUACACUUACCAGACAAAAAGCGGGGGAUCUUUAUUGAUGAUGAUUCGCGAAGCAUCGAUUCUGAGUUUUCAGGAGUAGGGAAGUCUGAUGUGGCUAAUCUUGAUGAGCUAGUCAAAGAUUACAGAAAGAACAGGAAAAAAGGAAUGCUUGGAUGGUUCAAGCUAAAAAAGCCUGACUAUUUAGCUGAUUUAUCACCACGUAUUGAUCUUGAAAGUUCUGCAAGUGAUUCACCUACAUCCUCCAGAUCAUCCAAUAGUAGAUCUGUGCUUAGUGGCACAAGAGAUGGACUUAGAAAAUCUGUUGGAAGAAGAGUGGAUGACAUGGCAGUUGCUGAUCCGCUACUGCAAGUAACACAAGCCGGUGAACUGUUCAGUGCAACUACUGGAGGUCGGCCAUUACCUCCGACUGGAAGUACAAUUAUUGACCAAAUGGACUUACUCCGUGAGCAAGUGAAAAUGUUAUCUGGUGAGGUGGCACUUUGCACUAGCUCUCUGAAAAGGCUCUCAGAGCAAGCAGCUAAUAGACCUAAUGACUCGCAACUUCAGGAACAAAUGCAAAAGUUGAAAUAUGAUAUUAGAGGAAAGAAAUCUCAGAUACAUCUGCUAGAGCAACGGAUGAUUAGUUCAGCAGAGAUGAAUCCCCAUAAUUUAAAAAGCCUUGAAAUAUCUCAGGUUCCCUCUAAGCUUGUAACUCAACUAAAUGAAAAAACAUUUGAACUUGAGAUUAAAACAGCAGAUAACAGGAUUCUACAGGAGCAACUGCAAGUUAAGGUAUCUGAGAACACGGAAAUGCAGCAAACCAUUCUUUUACUAAGGCAACAGCUGGACUCCCUAAUAGCAGAUAACAACUCACAUUCUCAAUGUAAAAAGGAUGUCAAUGAAGAAAAUUCUGUCAGUGAAAGUACACCAACUAGUGUUAUAAGUUUGAAUAAAGUGUUCUCCCAAGAGGACUCCAUACAAGGCAGUAGUGAUUGCGGUGAUGCAUAUCUGAAUUCUCAAUUUCUUAUACAGGCUGCUGAGAUAGAGACGUUGAAGAAAGAGAAGGCGCAGAUGGCUGAAGAAAAGGACGAGCUUAUGAUGUGCAGCCAAAAGUUGGCUAAUGAAGGUUCAUAUGCAAAGGAACUGGCUGCAGCUGCAGCAGUUGAGCUCAGAAACUUAGCUGCAGAAGUAACAAAACUUUCCUAUCAAAAUGCUAAACUUAAUGCUGAGCUUGCUGCUACCAAAGAGGCUUGCUACUCCAACUUAUAUCAAAAAAAUUAUGAUAUUGGUAGUCGUCCAGACGUACAUUUUAAAAAACCAGAAGAUGGUAUUCUUACAGAGGAGUUGCAGAAAGAGCUUAAAGCAAGACACCAGAGAGAAGCUUCAUUGGUUAGUGCACUCUCAGAGAGAGAUAAGCUAGAAGGUGAGCUAAGGAAACGACUAGAUAUAGCUAAACGACGUGAGGAGGAUUUGGAAGCUGAGCUGGCAAACACGUGGGCCCUUGUUGCAAAGCUUAAGAACUCUGCUACUUCUGAAAUUAAUUCUAGAAUUUUGCAAACAGGAGUCGACGAUUUUUCGGCAAAUGUCCGAAGCAAUGAGGUUUUUGAGGAUGAUGUGGUUUCAGUCCCGGAUGAGACAAGUUCACUUAAUGAAUUAAGACUAUUGUAUCGUAAAGAAAAAGAAAGGUACAAGGAACUGGACAGUUAUAUUUCACGAUUAAAGGGUGAUGAUAUUGCUGGUUUGGACAUUGCUUCGUUGGAGGAACUCCAAAACCUACAUGUGGAGGCAAUAACCAAGAUCUGUCAUACAAAGGCAUUGUACAGAUGACGAUGCCAUGUGCAGUUGUCCAACUGAAGCAUCUGUUAUGUCGAAGGAAACAAAAGGUCAAAAGCUACAAGGCAGGAAAUUUUUAGCUAGCCGCAGAAACCUUUGAAAUAGUCUUGGUUUUCCUCAAAAUUUUCAUGUCCCAGAAUGUACAUCUGUUACUACUAAAAGUUACAUCUUGUAACAACUUAUGUAUUUACUAGCAAUAUAUAAUAAUUGUGUCUUCCAUCAGAGUGUGGAAGCUUUUUAUUUAUCAA